GAUGUGGGCUGUUGGGUAGAGAUUGAAAGUAGGAUUGUGAAAGAAACGCCUUUUGGACAAGUUGUCUGGCGGAGGGAGCCGUAGAACUGGGUGAGGCGCAGGUUGAUGAGGGAGGAGGACAGCGACGGGGCGCGCACACACACACACACAACGGGAGAGAGACGGGAAGGAUCAGAGUGAGAGGCCCGGAGAAACACGGAGGAUGGCGGCGGAGCGUCCGGGCGGCUCCGAGUCCACGGUGUGUGACCCACAACACUCCAACAAACUGCUCAAGAGCCUGAGCUCCUUUCGGAAUGAGCCGCUGUUCUGUGACGCGGUGCUGGUGGUGGAGGGCCAGGAGAUCCCGGUGCAGAAAAACCUGCUGGCGGCGGCCAGCCCGUACGUCAGGACUAAAUUGAAUUAUACAGCUCCAACAGAUGACGGCUCAGUGUAUAAAAUUAUCCUAGAUGGGAUUUCUGGUGCUGUUAUGCAUGAAUUAUUGGAUUAUAUGUUUAGUGGCCAGAUUAAGCUGAGUGAAGACACUAUUCAGGAUAUUGUGCAGGCUGCAGAUCUUCUCCUCCUUACCGAUUUAAAAGCUCUGUGUUGUGAAUUUUUACAAAGUUGCAUUGCCCCUGAGAACUGUAUUGGUAUACGUGAUUUUGCUUUACACUACUCUUUGCAACAUGUAUACUACAUUGCUACUGAGUAUCUAGAAACACACUUCCGUGAUGUGUCUCAUACUGAGGAGUUCUUGGAACUAGGCCAUGAAAAAGUGAAAGAAGUUAUCUCUUUAGAAAAGUUGAAUGUUGGAAAUGAAAGGUACAUCUUUGAAGCUGUGGUAAAAUGGAUUUGUCAAGAUCCUGUAGUUCGAAAGGUUCACAUGAAAGAUGUGAUGUCGAUGGUUUGGGUCAAUGGUCUGGAUCCUAGUUAUCUGAGAGAACAAAUGUUGAAUGAACCUGUGGUACGAGAAAUUGUCAAGGAGUGUACCAAUAUUCCUCUCAGCCAAAGAGAAGGAGAGGCUCAGCUAGCUACCUUCAAACCUAGAGGGUAUUCUGAAUGUAUAGUGACGGUGGGAGGCGAAGAAAGGAGUACACGAAAGCCCACAGCUGUCAUGCGGUGCAUGUGUCCAUUAUAUGACCGUAACAGACAACUUUGGAUAGAAUUGGCUCCAAUGAGUAUUCCACGCAUUAACCAUGGAAUAUUGUCAGCAGCAUUCCAGAGGGCCGUGGACCAAAUAUUAAGUGGCUUGCCAGGUGUACAGUGUUGUCUGGAUAAUACUUUGAUGACUGGAUCCUCUGAGGAGGAGCAUUUGAAAGAUUCAGAAGGAACUCUAAAAAGAUUGCAGGAGCAUGGCUUCCAAAUUGGCUGCUAUGCAGCUAUGAAGAAAAAGAUCUAUGCAAUGGGUGGUGGCUCAUAUGGAAAAUUGUUUGAGUCUGUUGAGUGCUAUGAUCCCAAGACACAGCAGUGGACUGCGAUCUGCCCACUAAAAGAAAAAAGGUUUGGUGCAGUAGCAUGUGGUGUUGGCUUGGAACUAUAUGUUUUUGGUGGUGUUCGUAGCCGUGAAGGUCCUAAUGUAGAAAACAACGAGAUGGUCACCUGCAAAUCAGAAUUUUACCAUGAUCAGUUCAAAAGAUGGAUAUAUUUGAAUGAUCAAUCGUUGUGCAUCCCAACAAGCUCCUCUUUUGUGUAUGGUGCUGUGCCUAUUGGUGCCAGCAUUUAUGUUAUUGGUGAUUUGGACACAGGCACACAGUAUGACUUUGUCAGAGAAUUUCGCAGGAGCACAGGAACCUGGCAUCAUACCAAGCCGUUACUCCCUUCAGACCUCCGGCGAACAGGCUGUGCAGCUUUGCGUAUUGCAAAUUGCAAGCUUUUCAGGCUACAGUUACAACAAGGUCUUUUUCGCAUACGCAUUCCCUCUGUAGGCCCAAAUGGACCAUAAUGCCAUGGUCAGUGGUGACCCAGUUUGGAACCAAACAUUAUAUAUUGCAAAAUGAGGGAUAAUCUUGCAAAGUCUGAAACUUGUCUUCGUUACAGAUUGGUAACGGUUAAAACGUAUCCUGCAAGGGCAAUGCAUUGUUGCACACAUUUUAAUGUAAACCAGAAAGGUUGUGCUUUUUUUCUUAUUUUCUGAAAGCUCAGUUAUGGUAUUUCUAACUGCAGCAUUUAAAUUGCAAGACAUUAAACCAAAUCUUCAGCUUUCUAAUAUAAAGUAACCUGAGAUCAAUAUGUAGUAGAUGCAAAUCUGAAAAAGGUAGUUGUUUUGAAAAAAUGCAGAGCUAAUGCAGAAUUCUGGAGGUAGUUACUAUCCCAGUUAGAAUGAAUUCUGCUCUCUUUUGGACGUUCGAAUCUAAGCUGUAAAGUCAGUUUUAUUUUUUCACUAUGUUAAACAAUAGUUCUAAUACAAAAUGUUACAUUAAAUAUUAACUUAUCUUUUGUAGCUCAAGUUUGCAAAAGCAAAAUUUAACUUGAGAAACCAACAGCCAAAAGUGACUAUAUUUUGAGUUUAACGUGCAUCAACUGUAGGACUCUAAAGUCCACGUUUUGGUGAUGGAACUAAUGUCAAAGAAAUGUCUACAGAAACCUAGAUUUGACAACUUUUUUGUUUUGAAGAGGAUUGCUCUAAUGUUGAAGAUAUUUCGAAAGGCUGUGUCACAGAGUAGGUUAAUGUUGUUACUGUUAGAUCGGUUAUUAACGCUUAAGUUUCAAAACAAUAUUAAAGUUUGAUAGUUGGCUGGUUCAAAAUAAUUAAUGGAUCUAUCAAAGAAAGUUGCAUGUCUACUGUAAAGUUUCAUAUUACACCCUGAAGUUGAAGCUGUUUACAUUUGUUAUAUAAAAAAUGACUAAUACUCUUUUCAGUCUCCUGUUAAAUAACAUUACAUGUAAUUUUCAGUACCACAGAACGUAAUCUGGCAUGGAACUACAAGGUCUGAAUUGACUGCACUGAAGGAUGAAAACCUACAGUGCUAUCACAGAGACUUUGCUGCCAGUUCAUUAAUGUAAUUUGUACACAAAAUAUUUGCCAUUUUAAUUACUUUUUUAAAGGCAUUAUUUAAACACAGUGCACAAUGGCCUUUAAAAUGAUUUUUCCAUUUCUCUCUCCAAUGUCGUCACCAUUCUUGCUUUCAAGAACCUGGGCAAAACUUUUCUCUUUGCACAUGUUACCAGUUCCCCAUCGCAUCACCUUUAUUUCUUUCCAAUGUGCUCCUUUAUUGUCAAAUAAAUUAAGGCAUCUUUCUGAAUGUAGGAAGCACUAUAUAAAUACAGGUUAUUGUAAUAUUACAUUAUUGGUGCUGAUAGUGACCCACUUGAGAGUUAUCUGGUUACCCCACUAGUGAUGAAAUCGUGUUGUUGAAGUUAUUGUGAAUUCUCUGCUUUGUGUGUAAGUUGCAAAUCUCUGGUGCUUCCUUGGUGUUCUAGUCAGAAAGGAGUGGUUUCAAAUAUUAAUUAUUGUAAUGUAAUUGUUUAUUCAUCACAUGGUAUCCUCAAAGAGUGAAUGACAAGGUAGUUGGCAAUUUCAAUGUAUUAAGUCCUAUAAGGCUCCUUAGUGUGGCAAGUAUUUAAUGUUGUAUUUUUCCUCCUCAGUUGCAUUCCUUCUGAGUGUGGUGGCAUGUACUAGGACGUAGUUUUGUGGUCUUUUGCAGCAUCAAAGGAGACAUAAUUUGUGAUAUUUAAUUCCAAUUUAUAUGCGCUAAGACAGUAAAUACUAGCAACUUAUUAAUCAAGCAAAACGUUUAAAUUCAAGCUUGCCCACAUCCACUUUCGAUGUCCAUACUUACACAUACUCGUGUCAGCACACUCGGAUUAUAGUAAGUGUUAUUGGUUAAGGAUUAAGACUAUCAAUAUUAUUGAAUUUAACUAGCUUUAUCUCUGGGAAUAGGGAAAAAGUAGAGAGCAAUUAUACUGUCUUUAUUUGCUGUCCCAGUUUGCACCCGUUAAUGUAGUGUAGAGCAUCAGAAAGAAAAACAGCACAGAAAUGAAUUUGGCACUUCUCAGUUCUGUGUAGCUAAGCACCACAAUUAUAUCUAUGUACUGCACUAUGCUAAAGCUGCCUAGGAUGUACAUUUCUUCAUGUGGAAAAAUCUAUUUUUUGCUUUUGUGACUUCUUUUGAGUCACUGGUGUUCACCUAAUGUAUCUCAUUGGGUCAUUGCCAUCCAAUGUAUGGAGGACAAUGAUUUAGCAACUGCUUAGGCGAUCUUAUCAAAUGCAGAAAUACAAUGAAGUUUGUUGUUUGAACUUGUAUUUUGAAUUAGUGCUGUAAAUACAGUUAAAUGUGGAGCUUGUCUAAUUGGCUGUCGGUGCAGUGUUGAGACAUACAGGCCUGAUGACAUUUGGCUUCAGCAUGCCUGGGGCAAAAAGUAAAAGAAACCACUUAACUUUCUAGGCCUGUGAUUAAACUCCAAUAAUCUAUUGGAAGUGUGCCUUUGGAUUACAUGCAAGAGUUAAACAUAACUCUUGGUGGUCUCCAUGGUGAAAUAAUUUGCUGUUUUUCACUGCACAGUCUCAUGUAAUUGAGAUGCCAAAGCGUGACUGACACCUGCUGAUUUGUUCUUCAUUAUGAAUCAGUAACUUAAGGAUGGGGGAGAAAUAAGAGAAGCAAAGUAGAAGGAAAAUGGAAGAUUGCCUUUUUUUUAAACUGCGUGCUGGAGGUGUUUUUUGACAUAAUAGUUAAACAUUAUUAUUUGAACAUCAAUUUUACAAUUAAACCUGAGAGAUAUUAGGAGGUUAAUUCUGUGGUAAGAUACCACAAAACCAUUGCCUUGAGUGUACUGUGCUAUCAUUAUUAAAGAGCACACAUUCUUGCUCUAACAAUUAAAGCCCAAAUUAGCCACUAGCAGAGCUACCUUGUGCACAUUAUAGCAGCAUGGUUGGGCCUAAAGGCAGGAACCAUCCACAUGCUGCUGGAUAUUAUGUCAUAAUAUAGUUUCCCCAAUAUAAUUUCAUGUCAAAAUUAUUUACUUUUUUAACUUUUCUAAUUUAAAUAAGUUUAAAAUUUAUUUAAGCAGAGCCGGGAGAAGUACAACAGGACAACAAUAUGUUUAUUCUUCAACAGUGGUAAUUUAGUUUAAUACAGUAUAAAAUGCAGUGAUGUUGCCCAAUGAAUGCAGGAGAGAUUUCCAUUUAAGUUGAAUUUGGAUGUGGAUGUCUUGAGAAACCCUUGUAAGAUAACAACUUCCAGUACCAGAGAUUUGCAUCGGUGCUACCUAACUCCAACGAGACUGCUGCAUGUGUACUACUUCCUAUUCCAAUUCAAUUUUAUUUGUUACACUAAAAACGAACAGGCUAUCCAGUAACUUGCAUUGACAAACUUCAAAUUAACAAGAGUAGACUAUUUAUAAUAUGCUUCUCCAUUUUGCAGACUUUGACCAUUUUUGCAUUUGUGUUUAUAUAAUUACAAACAUAAAAUUUGUUAAACUUUUCAUGCCUUUCCUUCACCCUCCAAAAAUACAUUGGUACUGUUAGUGUUACUUCAAACUGACAAGAUCUUCGUAAACACGUACAGCUGUUUUCUCAAUUUGAGAAUGUUUUGCUGUCAUUAAAGAAUUCCUAUAAAAUGUUUUUGAUGUUUUAUAUAAUUUUUUCUAAAUACUUGUAUUGGACAUUAUUAAUGUUUAAAACAUAUGGCAAUGAUUUCAGCAUGAACUUCCAUGAGCCUUUGCUAUUUGUCAGCUUGGAAAAAUUUGUAUUCUAACUAAGUAUUUUGCGGCAUUUUUUAUAAAAUCUACUAAAUUGACUCAUGAUAUUCCUAUAGAAAUACUAAAUUAUGAAAUUAUCACAAGGUGCAUUUGUUUUGUUUUCAUCAGAAGUCUUUUUGCAUCUGUUCCAAUUAUUUAAUAGAGUAUAUUCAAAACUAUACUUCUUUUCUGAAGUUUUAUCUUUUCCCUCCCUCCACCUGUGCAGCAGGGGAACUACACUUUAGACCAGAAUUACAGAAUUUAGUUAGGGUUUGCUAUAUUUUCAUGGCUUUGAUUUUCAUUGCAUAACAUAAUGAGAUAGCUGAAUGAAUUGAAACAGGAACAGAAAUUGCUGCAGAAACUCAGGAGGUCUGGCAGCAUCUGUGGAGGGAAAGCAGCGUUAAUGUUUC